AUGGAGGGGAUCACACCCGUGUCCCAGAAUCCUGGACCUGCUGCAAGGUCAGGUGUGAACCGAAGAGGGGAGAGAUUUGAGACGGACACAGACAUCAGGAGACUUCUGCAGGAAUCCAGGUGUUCAGCUCACCCUUCCCUGUCUGUACCUGUGGAUACAAGUAUCCUCUCUUGCCCUCUCAUCAGCUUGACAACUGUGCUGGUAACCACAUGGGAAAUAAUCCUCAGAGACAAGCCUUCCUGCACCAGAGCCUACAGGAGAGAUACAAAUGAGACCAGGGCCAUAAACUGUAGUGACGAGACAAUAUCCUGGGACUCCAGACCUGAUCGGAAUCCCGCCCUUCAGAUCGAUCGAGUGGCCAUCAUUCAUGAUGGAUAUUACAGGUGUGAAGUGGUCACAACUCAUGGGCAUUUCUAUCAUGGAUAUCACCUGAAAGUGUUAGUGCCCCCCGACGUGACCCUGUUUCAACUUGAGAAUGGAACUAUCGUGUGUAGGGCAGCUGCAGGGAAGCCAGCGGUGCAGAUCUCCUGGACCCCAGGGGGAGAUUGUCACACUGUGGAAGAGCCACUGGGCAAUGACACAGUGACCGUCCAGAGUUUGUGCCGCUGGGAGGACCACCGGGUAUUUAAGGUGUCCUCCUUUGUGUAUCAUCUGACUGGCAACAGGAAUCUGUCCAUAGAGCAGAAUUCUGUUAAAUGCAUAAAUGAAGAAAUGAGAACUCUGGUUACACCAAACAAUGGAUUAAGGCCAAAAAUGAGCAAGGACAAUGACAGUGCAGCUUCAACCAACAGUUCACUUAUGGACAGACAACAGAGUAGUUUCAUACUUCCUGUGGAAGAGAAGAAGGCGAAGCAGCAAGGCUCUGAGAAGGCUUCAUGGCAGGGGCAGCGUGUGAAAUGGCUCUUAGGGGAAGAGGAGCGUUUUCGUGGACAAAGAGUGGUCUGUAGGCCACCCCAGUCUGCAGGAACGAUGUGA